UUGCCCCCUCUCUCUCUCUCUCUCUCUCUCUAUCUCUAGCACGAUCGAAACAAACCCUAGAAAUCCCAAUUCCCCUUUCCCUCACAUCAAAAUCUCACCUUUUUAUGACGUAACCCUCCACCAAUUCCAUCGAUUUAGUUUUCAAUGUCAACGGAGAAUUCACCAUCGCACGCCAUCGAUCCAGCGCCUCUGCUUUCGAGCGGAGAUGAAAACGAGGGAAGCAACAGAACCCGAGAGAGGAGAUCGGUGAGGAGACCAGGUUUAAGGGAAGCCGCGAGGCUACUAAGCCGCGCGAGUAGCAGUAGCAGCGGAGGACGCGCGAUGCGGGAGCCGUCUAUGGUCGUGAGGGAAGCUGCGGCGGAGCAGUUGGAGGAGAGGCAGAGCGAUUGGGCCUACUCGAAGCCCAUCGUGGUGCUCGACAUCGUGUGGAACUUGGCGUUUGUGUCUGUGGCGGGUGCGGUUCUUGUGAUGGCGAGGAAUGAGAAUCCGAUUAUGCCGCUUAGGGUUUGGCUUUUGGGGUAUGCGUUGCAGUGUGUGUUGCAUAUGGUUUGUGUUUUGGUUGAGUUUCAGAGGAGGAGUAGGGUGAGGAGUAAUAAUAGGAGUCCAAGGUCACGUUCUUCUUCUUCGUCUUCGUCGGCUUCUUCUUUGGAGGAAGAUGCUUUGGGUUCGAGGAGGAAUUCGGAUGAGGAGGUGUUGUCUCUCGGGCAGAUUGAGAACGAACGCAGCAGUGUUGCAAAGCAUCUGGAGUCUGCCAACACAAUGUUUUCGUUUAUUUGGUGGAUCAUUGGGUUCUACUGGGUAUCUGCUGGUGGCCAAGAACUGGCACAAGAAUCCCCACGGAUUUACUGGUUGUCUAUCGUCUUUCUUGGUUUCGAUGUGUUCUUCGUUGUCUUCUGUGUUGCGUUGGCCUGUGUUAUUGGUAUUGCUGUUUGCUGUUGCCUGCCAUGUAUCAUUGCAGUUUUAUACGCUGUUGCGGAUCAGGUACUUCUCGUAGCCAAUUCAUCUUAUAUCCUUAAGUCGCUACGUUUUGCUAUUUGUUUUAACAAUGAGAAACAGGAAGGGGCUUCAAAAGAAGACAUUGAGCAGCUUACCAAAUUCAAAUUUCGUAAAGUUGGUGAUGUCAACAAACACGCUGGUGAUGAAGCCCAAGGAAACACCGAGGGGAUAAUGACAGAGUGUGGUACAGAUUCACCCAUUGAACAUACUCUUCUGCAGGAGGAUGCAGAAUGUUGCAUCUGUCUGUGUGCAUAUGAAGACGGAAGCGAACUAAGGGAACUUCCUUGUGGACACCAUUUCCACUGCUCAUGCGUAGACAAAUGGCUAUACAUAAACGCGACUUGCCCACUCUGCAAAUACGACAUCCUCAAGAGUAGCAACUUGGAUCGUGAGGAAGCCUAGAGGAGACAGCUUUUUGCUUAUUCAUGACCCCGCCACAACAUUUGAUCAGGAAACUUACUUGGGGUCCAAAGGAAAAAAAACACGUCCGGUGUUUUUUUUAUAUAUGAUGCAUUGUUUGUUAUAUGAUAUCUAUACAAAUUAUUAUAUUUUGUAUUUGUGUUUUGGAUUGGAAAAGAAUCAGGUUUGUACAUGUAUAUCUAUCUAUCUUCU